AUGGAGGAGGAGGAAAAGGGUGUAAGGAGAGAUGUAAAGAUAAAAACAGAGAAAUGGGGUUGGGCCCAAGUCACAAGCCCAAUCGAGCUGGAUACUGGCUUGGCCCACGAAGGUGUGAGAGGAUGGUUAGACCUUGCAACCCAAGAAGCCCAGGAAGCAGAAGAACAUAUCACGCGUGAAGACAUUCAACCAGAACAAGAGAAAGAAGAGAUAGUCGGCAAUGCAGAAGAGAAGGGUGAAGCGCGUAAGCCACAUAUUGCUGCCAUGUUACAGGCCCUGGAAGCUACUUUCAAACAGCAUUCAGAGUCACAAUUGGAGAAGUUUACCACCUUGUUGGACCAACAUAUGGCGAAGACUGGGGAACGACUUUCCCAAGGACCACCACCACCGUCGCCAGGCUUGACGGGCGACACCAGUGCGAUGAGGGAAUCGGGUCGCACCCCAAGUCGACGUUCACACUCUGAACCAGAAGCUUAUGAAGUCAAUUCCAUUUUGAAAACACUGAGGGUCAAGGUACCCAAGUUCGAUGGGACUAAUGUGGAGGAUUGGGUAUAUAAGAUCAAUAAGUUCUUUGAUCUGCAUCGAGUGGAAAAUCCCAUUCGUCUGACCAUUGUGCCGUUCCAUCUGGAAGGAGUCUCUUGCACCUGGUUCCAAUGGAUGGAGAAGAGUGGGUCGUUCACUGACUGGGAAUCGUUUUUGCGUGCUCUGCAGCAACGUUUUGGGACAUCCAUAUACGAUGACCCCUUAGGCCGCAUCUCCAAACUCAUGCAGAAAGGAAGAGUGUCCGAUUACAGAGCUGAAUUUGAGGCUCUCAUGCCUCGUAUCACUGGAGUUCCGGAAUCGAUGUUCCUGAAUUUCUUCAUUUGGGGUCUGAAGGUGGAGAUUCGCCGUGAGCUUCUCAUGCUUCCCCCUAAGGAUUUGGCUGAUGCAAUGGCGAAGGCGCAGUUAUUUGAAGAUCGUCAUGAUGAUUGGGCUUCUCGACCUCGAGGGGAGGUUACUAAAGCUCCGUGGUCCAACCGUACAUCUACCCCGCACCAGGGAAUGAACUCCUUGGUACAGUUGCCCAAACCGGGACCGUUCGCUUCAGGUACUUCUAUAUCGGCCCCCACAGGUUCUCCCUUGCCGAUUAAAAAGCUAUCACCAACUGAGUUGAAGGAGAGACGUGAUAAGGGUCUCUGUUUUACUUGCGAUGAGAAAUUUCAUUUUGGUCAUAAGUGCAAAAAUCGAAUGCUUAUUCUGUGUGGUUAUGAUGAUGAGGAGAUGGGUACCAUGGUGGACAGUGAGUCGCAUGAAGAGGUUGAAGAGACUGAAGAAGAAGUUAGCUUGAAUUCGUUAUCCAAUUCAAUGAACCCUCGUAUUUUUCGGAUUAUGGCUACACAUGGGUCCGAAGCGGUUGAAGUGCUCAUUGAUACGGGCAGCCACAAUAACUUCAUUCAAGAGGCGUUGGUCACACAGUUGCACUUAGAGUGUGAGGAUACCAAACGAUUCAAAGUCUAUAUGGGCAAUGGGAACUUUCUGCUGUGUUCCAAGAUAUGUAAAGGGGUCGAACUCAUUUUGCAGGGCUAUAGUUUCCUUGUUGAUCUGUAUGUAUUACCCAUAUGUGGUUUGGACAUUGUUUUGGGGAUGCAGUGGCUGCAAACGUUGGGUCCGUGUAUUCAUGAUCAUAAAGCGCUCACAAUGGAAUUUACUUGGCAAGGUACGGUUAUCAAGCUGGCGGGAUCGAAGGAAUUGGCAGCUCACCAAUUAUCUUUUACUCAGUUUCAUGCGAUGCUUCAAGAAGGAGAGGUUAAGGAUAUCUAUCGCCUCUCAGCGGAGCCCGAUCAACUACCGCCGCAUAGAGGGACUGACCAUCGCAUAUUUCUACAACCGGAUUCCACACCGGUUAAUGUUCGCCCAUAUCGGUACCCGUAUUUUCAGAAGGAUUUGAUUGAGCAAUUGGUCAAGGAGAUGCUGGCUGUGGGUUUUAUUCGUCCUAGCACUAGCCCUUAUUCUUCACCCAUUUUGUUGGUUAAAAAGAAAGACGGUACAUGGCGCUUUUGUGUGGACUAUCGGGCUCUUAAUGGGAUCACCGUUAAAGACCGUUUUCCUAUUCCUACGAUUGAUGAACUACUUGAUGAAUUGGGCAGCGCUAGAGUAUUCUCUAAACUUGACUUGCGGGCGGGGUAUCAUCAAAUCCGCAUGGAUCAUAGAGACAUUCACAAAACAGCCUUGCGGACUCACGAAGGCCACUAUGAAUUUAUGGUUAUGCCGUUCGGCCUCACCAAUGCUCCCUCCACCUUUCAAGCGACAAUGAAUUAG